AUCUUCUGCAGGUGGGAUUGGGAAAGACCCACAACCCAGAUUUGAAAAGUGCCAAAAAUUUUCACCUGUUCUAUAUAGAUAGCUGGAUUCCAGUGACCUUUCUACAAAGUUAAUUUGGUUUUUUUAUGAGAAUGUUUCCCCUGUCACGCUUCGCAAGAACUGCCUUGCAGUCAUCAUUUAUUGCUGAACGACUUGUUCCACCCUCAUCCUCCAUCUGCAAUCAAUAUCUGCAAUACUCUACUGAGCCACAUGAACUUCCUGAUUACCUCCAUGGCAUUGAUGAAGCAGAGAAUCCUAGCUUUUUCCAUAUGGUGGAGUACUUCUUUCAUAAUGGUUGGAGAGUUGUAGAAGACAAGCUUGUGGAAGAGAUGAGUCCCAAAACUCCUGCUGCUGAGAGGAGAGAGAAAGUAAGAGGGAUUCUUGGCAUCAUCCAGCCUUGUCAUCAUGUCUUGGAGAUGUGUUUUCCUGUCAAGAGGGACAGUGGACAAUAUGAAAUGAUCACUGGAUAUCGAGCACAACAUAGUCAACAUCGAACCCCUUGCAAGGGAGGUAUACGAUAUUCGAUGGCUGUGAGCACAGAUGAGGUGAAGGCUCUGGCUUCCCUGAUGACAUACAAAUGUGCUGUUGUGGAUGUGCCAUUUGGAGGUGCCAAAGCAGGCCUCAAAAUUGAUCCCAAGUUAUUUUCUGAAGGAGAGCUUGAGCGAAUCACCAGGCGGUUUACCAUGGAAUUGUCUAAGAAGGGCUUCAUUGGACCUGGAAUAGAUGUACCUGCACCAGACAUGGGGACAGGUGAACGAGAAAUGUCAUGGAUCGCUGACACUUAUGCCAACACUAUUGGUCACUUGGAUAUCAAUGCUCAUGCAUGUGUGACGGGGAAACCUAUCAAUCAAGGAGGAAUCCAUGGUAGAAUAUCUGCAACAGGACGAGGUGUCUUCCACGGAUUGGAGAACUUCAUCAUGGAAGCCUCCUACAUGGGCCAAAUUGGGACCACACCUGGCUGGGGUGGCAAGACCUUUAUUGUUCAGGGAUUUGGAAAUGUAGGCCUUCACACUAUGAGGUACCUACAUAGGGCAGGUGCCACAUGCAUUGGUGUCAUUGAGUAUAACGGUGCUAUCUACAAUCCUCAGGGCAUUGAUCCCAAGGAGUUAGAAAACUAUCGGAUCGAAAACGGUACAAUUGUGGGAUUCCCAGGAGCCAAGCCAUAUGAACCAGCUGAUGAGCUCAUGUAUGAAGAAUGUGACAUCUUUGUCCCAGCUGCCAUAGAACAAGUCAUCACCAAGAAUAAUGCUCAUCGUCUCAAGUGCAAAAUAGUGGCUGAGGCAGCCAAUGGUCCAACCACUCCAGCUGCGGACAAGGUUCUUCUAAGUCGCAACAUUUUGGUCAUCCCUGACCUGUACAUUAAUGCUGGAGGUGUCACUGUCUCAUACUUUGAAUGGUUGAAGAACCUGAACCACGUGUCAUAUGGGCGAUUAACAUUCAAGUAUGAGCGGGAAUCCAACUACCAACUGCUUGAGUCUGUACAAGAGUCACUUGAGAGGAGAUUUGGGCGUGUGGGAGGUAGGAUUCCAAUUACUCCAUCUGAGAGCUUCCAGAAGAGAAUUUCUGGUGCCUCAGAGAAGGACAUAGUUCAUUCUGGCCUGGACUACACCAUGGAGAGGUCUGCUCGGGCCAUCAUGCGGACAGCCAUGAAGUACAACCUUGGUUUGGAUCUCCGCACAGCAUCCUUUGUCAAUUCCAUUGAGAAGAUCUUCAACACAUACAAGGAAGCUGGGCUCACCUUUUCAUAAUAUUUGCUGGUCUCUUUUGAGUCUAGGUUGCCUCGUAGAAUCGUACUGUUUCUCCCCUUGUCUCACAUCCUUUCAUUUUCUCAAAUGUCUCAUUUUCAUUUCUUUUUCUAUGGAAAGAUCUCAUGAGUAUCUGUGUGUUAUCUCCAGCAUCCUUUUACUGGAACCUGUCCCAAAAAAAGGAAAGGCUGGUGUUCUCAUGAAUGCAGAUUUUUAAUGCUUUCCUCCAGAAAUAAUCCAUGAAUCAUGAUAAUGUGGCCCUUUUUAGUUUCUACCCCAACCCCUCAUGUCUUUCUCCACUUAUCUACUUCUUAUUGGUAGAAAGUCUUUCAUUGCUUAUUUUUUCACUUGCUGGUUAUGUACAGUACCAUCCAUGGAGAGUUACCUGUCAUCUGGUUGAAUGUUAGGCCUGAAAAGUGGAUAUGCUAUGCUCAGUGGGCAAGUAUUUCUCUUGUUGAAUCUAACCCGAUGAAAUGGUCAAGUGCAAUAAAGUGAGAUUAUUCCAGUA